AUGCAAUGGGUUCAAUGUAUGCUGCUUCUUUUCCUUGGCUUCCAAAACGCCUCAUCUGUGCAGCCUGUUGUGGCGGUUGAAAGGACAGUCUUUUAUAGAGAAAAAGCUGCUGGCAUGUAUUCUGCCAUGCCAUAUGCCAUUGCCCAGGUUGUGAUCGAGAUACCUUACGUUUUUAUUCAAUCUACUGUGUAUAGCAUUAUAGUAUAUGCGAUGAUCGGGUUUGAAUGGACUGCUGCUAAGUUCUUCUGGUAUCUCUUCUUUAUGUUCUUCUCCUUACUCUACUUCACCUUCUAUGGCAUGAUGGCUGUGGCUGUCACACCAAACUACCACAUUGCAUCCAUAGUUUCCUCAGCAUUCUAUGCAUUAUGGAAUGCCUUUUCAGGAUUCAUCAUCCCACGACCUAGUAUUCCUAUAUGGUUGGAGAUGGUUACUAUUGGAUUUGUCCAGUAG